CGAUAUAACUUUUAUAUGCCAUUUAAAAAAAUUAAUUUUAUAUUUUUGCGUAACAUGGAACAAUGUGCAAAAAAACUAAAAUUAGAUAAUAUAAAUAUAAAAGAAGGAGAGGCAGAAAUUCUGGUGAAUGAUACAAAUGUAUUUUAUAAUCCUGUUCAAGAGUUCAAUAGAGAUCUUAGUAUAGCUGUAUUAGCAACUUACAUAAAAAAUAUAAAUAAACAAACAAUAGAGAUAAAUGCAAAAAAAAAAGAUGAAAUCUGUAUAUUGGAAGCUUUAUCUGCAACUGGUUUACGUAGUAUUCGGUAUGCCAAAGAAAUAAUGGGUAUAAAACAAAUUAUAGCAAAUGAUAUUUCUGCAAAAGCAGUAGAAAGUAUUAAAAAAAAUAUAUAUCACAAUGGAGUUGAAAAUCUUGUAAAACCAAGUCAAGAGGAUGCAACAUUGCUUAUGUACCAAAAUAGAAAAAGCAAAUUUGAUGCAAUAGAUUUAGAUCCAUAUGGUUGUCCUACAACAUUUUUGGAUAGUGCAGUACAAUGCGUAUCAGAUGGUGGAUUACUUAUGAUUACAGCUACAGAUAUGGCUGUAUUAGCUGGCAAUUCUCCUGAAACUUGUUAUCUUAAAUAUGGUGCUAUCUCAUUAAGAACUAAAGCUUGUCAUGAAAUGGCAUUAAGAAUAUUGUUGCAAAAUAUUGCUUCACAUGCUGCUCGUUAUGGUAGAUACAUAGUACCCAUACUUUCUAUAAGUGCUGAUUUUUAUAUAAGAGUAUUUGUCAAAGUGUUUUCCAGUCAAAUUAAAUGCAAAGAGAAUGCUACAAAAAUUGGAAUGGUAUAUCAAUGUACAGGCUGUGAGACUAUUACUACUCAAUCAUUAUGUUAUAAAAAGUCCUCAGGAAACUAUAAAUUAACAUCUUCACCUUAUGUGGAUCAAUCUUGUAAAAUUUGUAAUUAUAAACAUCAUGAAGGAGGACCUAUAUGGUUAGGUCCUUUACACGAUCAACAUUUUGUAUCUGAUCUUCUAUGUAAUUUAAGUGAAAUGAAAUUGGGAACAUUGAAAAGGAUAGAAGGAGUUUUAAAUGUUAUUCAUGAAGAGCUAGAUAUUCCAUUAUAUUAUACUCUUAAUCGUUUAAUGUCUAUAAUCAGAUGUAUUACACCAUCAAUACUAAUAUUUCGAUCUGCAUUGUUAAAUGCAGGAUAUCGUGUAUCAUAUUCACAUGCGUGUAAAACAUCUAUAAAAACAGAUGCUCCAAAUGAAGUUAUAUGGGAUAUAGUACGUGCAUGGGAAAAAAAUAAUCCCAUAAAAAGAAAUAAACUGUCAAAUGAUAGUCCUGCAAUAAAAAUAUUAGAUACACCAAUAACUACAAAUGUUUCAUUUGAUAUACAUCCUCUAGCCAAUCCAGUAUCCAGACAAAACAGGCUAACACGAUUUCAACAAAAUCCUACAGUUAAUUGGGGACCUGGAACACGUUCAAAAACAAGAAUAGAUUUAGAAAAUGGAGAUGAAAUUCCAAAAAAGAUAAAAAAUCAGAAUAAAAAUUCUAAAAAAGAGAAAUCACAAGUAACAAAUGAUAUGGAAAAAAUAAAUUUAUAAAAUAUUUUAUUUCUAUUUGUAAAAGAUCUAUUUAUCACAACAAUAAUUAUGGCUCAAAUACCCAUUCUUACAUUUUCUAAUGGAUACAAGAUGCCUUCAUUUGGUCUUGGUACUUAUCAGUCACGUCCUGGAGAAGUAGAAAAUGCUGUAAAAGAAGCAAUAAACUUAGGAUAUCGUCACAUAGAUACAGCAUAUUUUUAUCAAAAUGAGAAAGAAAUCGGUGAAGCGAUUCAAACGAAAAUUAAAGAUGGAACUGUGAAAAGAGAAGAUCUUUUCAUUACAACUAAACUUUGGAAUAAUUUUCACAAACAAGAAAGUGUAGUCCCAAUAUGUAAAAAAUCGUUAGAAAAUCUUGGAUUAAGUUACGUAGAUCUCUAUUUAGUCCAUUGGCCAUUUGCCUUCAAGGAAGGUGAUGAUUUGUUACCCAGAGAUGAAAAUGGUACUCUUUUGUUAUCAGAUACUGAUUAUCUUGAAACUUGGAAAGGAAUGGAAGAAUGCGUGCAAUUAGGAUUGACUCGUAGUAUCGGAAUUAGUAAUUUCAAUCAAGAACAAAUCACUCGCUUGCUUAGUGCAGCCAAAAUUUUACCUGUAAAUAAUCAGGUUGAAGUCAGCAUAAAUAUUAAUCAAACGCCAUUAAUAGAAUUUUGUAAAAAGCAUAAUAUUACAAUAACUGGUUAUUCACCAUUGGGACAACCUGGAAAUAGGUCAGGUUUACCAACUUCCUUAGAUCAUCCAAAAGUAAUAGAACUUUCGAAAAAAUAUAACAAAACAUCAGCACAAAUUGUUCUAAGAUAUAUUUUACAACAAGGAAUCGCUAUUAUUCCGAAAUCUGUAACACCGAGUCGAUUAAAAGAAAAUAUCAAUAUAUUUGAUUUUUCUUUGACGAGUGAGGAAAUGGCAUCUAUAGCUACAAUUGCAACUGGUCAACGUGUUGCACGAUUUGCAGAUGCAAAGCAGCACAAGUAUUAUCCAUUUGAGAAAUAAAAAUUUUAUUGCAACUGAGUAAAAUGACAGGAAACAGCUCGUCAAAUUCAGUAGGUAUAUAUUAAUAGUAAGGUAUAUCCCCUUUGAACUUAUAUAAUCCCACGCUGUAAUUCGGCACUUGUUUGACCCUUAUCUAGUCAAUUAGAUUUAUUGAAUGCCAUGGAAAAUUUUGAUGCUCCAUAUAAUAUGAGAUCAUGCAACGUAACAAAGCGGACACCAUCAACAUGGACAAGGUUAAUUGCAUUCAACUAAUGUUAACAUUGAUUACUAAAUGUGUACAUUGCAAAUAAAUAAAAUUAUAUUAAAAA